GAUGUCUUAUAGAAAACCUAAAGUUAUACAUCCAGAGACUGGAAAUGGAUAUGAAAUAAGAGGAUUUAUUGAACCAACAUUCAAAAGAGUUUCUCAUUGUCACAAUGAUGAUGACAUUGAUGUUGAUAUUCCAAAUGGGGAUCUUGAAUUUGGUAAGGUGAUGUAUGGUUAAGCAUGUGCUGGUUGUCAUGAUUUAGGUAUUUAUUUAAAUCUAUUUUCAAAGAUAGUGAUCUUGAUUAAGGACCAGCUUUGAGAAAUGCUUUUUUAAGAAGAUUGGGAUCAAACAAGAAAUUUUCUAAUUAUGGAUGGGAUUUAAGAGCAAGAAGAUUGUAUUGGACAAGAAAAUUAUUAUGGGAUUUCUUAUAAAAUCCAGAGAAAAUGUUUUUAGAUACUAACAUGCAAUUUGAUGGAGUACUUUGAAUUAAUAUAUUUUUAGAUUCAAGACCCAAGAACUCUAGGCAGUAUAAUUGACUAUAUGUAAUAUUUAACAGUGUAUACUUACGAUCACAGAGGAUCAAAAAGACCUAUCUUUUGAA